AUGUCAUCUACCAAUCAAUUCACCGGCCCUAGCGCUUCGACCGUCGCCAUGAGCGCUAGACAGGAGUUCACUCCGGAGCAGCUUGAGCGCAUCAAGAGUGUGGUCGAUUGUCUGGUCACCUCUUCUGGUCUCGAGCGCACACCAGGCUCGGCCGUUGCCGACUUUCUUCACACCCAAGAUCUCAUGAGCUGCCGUACUGGCCCAAUCACACCCGUCAAGCAGUCUCCGCCUAUCAGCUUUCUUGAUCUGCCAGCCGAAGUCCGCAACAAGAUCUAUCGUCAUUGUCUUGUUGUUGGCAGUGUCUUUCCGCGUCGUAAGGCUGGAGAUAGCAGAACUGAAUCUUUCAAACAACAUGAAAUGCCUCAGACACAGCUUUUUCUCGUCUGCCGACAAAUCUUCCAUGAGUCGGCGCCGAUGUACUUUGGUCUCAACAAGUUCGUCAUCUCGUACGGACCUGCAAGCGAAUGGCCAUGGUUCGACCCCCUCAAACUACGGAAGAGCCCAGUGUCACGUUUUGCAUACGAAAACAUCAAGUCGAUGAGCAUACCCUUCCAUCUUAUGGAUAACUACAUGACGAUACCCGAGUUGUUCGAAUAUCGCUAUACAGACGAUGUUGUGGAACGCCGACUUGUAAGCUCGUGGGAGGGACGUUGCGGGAAAAUGGCAUCGUUGGAACUGGAUCUGCUCGAAGUGUCCUUUGAGGGCUGUAAUUGUUUCAGGUCUGGCCGACGCUUGAUCACAAGAGCAUUGGAACACCUAUUGGAUGGCGAUAUGAGUGUACCUGAGAAAACGGUCUUGAGGGGAGUUUUAUCCACAAACGAGGUUGACGAGACCAGAACGCACAUUGAAGACAAUUUUGAAAAUGAGCCAGAAGACAAGGAUCCGGAGGACCCAUGGCAGAUCGUUAUUUACUGAUGUUGAGGGCAGGACCGUAAGGAACAAGGCAAGAGCGUGGAUCAUCAGACAAACAUCAUCAGCAUUGGUUCGGCUUCAUAACUCAUCACCUGUAUAUCUCAAGAGCACAGAUUCCG